UGGCGCCCGCCCGGGGCCUGGUCGUGGCACUCCGGCUCCCGUGGGCUUCGGUCCGGCGGGGCUGGCCGCACAGACUCUCCCGCAGGGAGCGGGCUGAGAGGAGCGGCAGUCUCCGCACACCCGGGCCGGGACCGGCUCAGAGAGCCGCCUUCCCGCCGCCCUGGCUGCCCGCGGGGCUCCAGGGGGGCCGCAGGUUGUGGGGGGUUUGCUCCCGGGCACGGCGGGAGGAGACCGGCCGCGGUGCUGGCCCAGCGCUCGCUGCUCCCCCCUCCCCCGAGGGAGAGUAAGGGGCCUCAGUUAUUAGUUUUGCAGAAGCUUAAGGCAGGGAAUUUGUUCUUUUAAACCUGUUUUUGUAGGGAAGAUGCCUGAACAAAAAGCGAGCUGGGGGGGAGAACAGCUUUAACUUUAAUUUGCUUUCUCGCGUCCCUCUGAUAGACUGUUAACUAACAGGAAAACACAGGCUGAAAAUCAGUAUUCGCAUCUACCAAAAUAAAGCUUUGGAGACGGCGGGUUAAACCUCAUCUAGAAAGGGCUCUGCUGAUGAAGGGCGAGUGUGCGGGAGUUGCCGUCGCGGGGCGUGGUGCGGAUCCUGAGCCGUGUUGUGCUGCGGGCGGGCACGCUUGAGCCCCUCGGUGCGCUGCGGCUGGCGCUCCUAGCGGGGAGGAGACCUCGUCCGGGGGAUGGGUUGAAGGCUAGGGCUGGUAAUCUAGUCUCAAGGCUAUUAUCUAUUGCAGUGGUGAUGUGGCUAAUAGGUACAGUUGAAUUAACAAGCACGGGUUCCAUCUACCCUCAGAAUAAUUUCAGUUCUUGCUGAUUUUGCAGAUUAAUGCUGACUAACUAAAAGUCUGUUUGCUUUUGGGAGAUCAGAGUGCUGGCCUGGUGUCAGUGCUUUCCAACUACCACAUCCAGACCAGAAGUAAUGUGAAGGGCCCUCACAGUAUUGGCACGCUUCCAUCAGUAGUAGCAGUAUUUAAUAGGGAGGUAGUGCCACACAGAAAAUGUAGUGGUAUAUUUCAGGUUUUUUAGUUUUUUGAUACAGUCAGCUUUUAUAUUUCAUUCUGUUAUUAAUCAGGUAAUUAUUAGUUAUAAUUAUACAUUGUGGAAUGAAAAAUUCUUCAUUUACAUGUCUGUAUUAGUAUCACAGUGUGCCAUGUAUAUAUUUAGUGUACGUUAAAAUACCUUCCUUGAAUGCUUGACAUUUUCUCUUGCAGUUAUGUGAGGUGGAACACUGCCCUUUUCUAACCUUUAAAGACAUGUUUUAGGAUACUGGUCUCUGUUUUGGACAUGUAUUUUAAUACUGCUACAAUUAUUGCUUUGUAGCAGCUGACUCAUACUGAACAUGUGUUGUCUCCUGUGGUUUGCAUAUUUCAAGAUACAGUUGGUAACUAGAGACAUUUAAGUUAUUUGCUUCCUUCCCUGCCUGAGAAGCUUUGGUACUAUUUUUGUCACUAUAAUUGUUUUGUCUUGUUGGUCCACAAUUCAAAUAAACGCUGCUGUAAAAAGAACCUGAUGGUUCUUAUGGCAGUGGUGAUAUGUAAUUAUGUGAAUCUGUUUUCAUUAGAUCCAGGUAGAAUAAGUAAGUUCAGGCUGUUUUAUUUAUAAUUUUCCUAUCAAAAUGAAAGCAUUGGAACAACGACAUUUGUGUAAGGCGAAAUAUAUUAUUACUUCUAUUGCUAUAUAGAGACAAUUUAGUCAUUUUUGGUAGCUUGCUGGGCAUAGUUUUGGACCUUUUUGAACCACUUCAUUUUUUACUACUUAGUACCUGUAAACAUCAUUGUAGCAUCUUUUUUUUAUAUCUGCUAUUUCUGUCUUAUAGGGUUUUUUAAAAAAAUAAUAUUUUUUUCAGAUAAAAUGUUUUAAAAUAAGCUUCCUAAAAUUUACAGAAUAUAUUCUGCUAGCUUAGAAAAAUGCCAUUGCUCAUUUCAGCUACUUGUUUUUUUAAAUUUCCUUACAUUUGUAAACUCACUUUACCUAAGCUUUCAGAGAAAAUAGUAUCAAGGAGCAGAAUAACAUUUUUAAAUUAAAUUCUUAAUGGAUUGUCCUGAUUUUGUUUCCCCUAUCCCUAACAGCAUGAGAUCAUUCUCUAUAGGGAAAUAUGUAUUCUGCUUGACAGAACAUGACAUCAUUGCUUUACCUAAACUAAGAUGAGGCAAUUCUUAGCCUGUUAGAAUCAGCGCUGUUCUCUAGAGAGCGUUGCUGUUACCCUGACGGGUGCUUUAAAGCAGAAAACAUACUGCUGAUGAAAACGUGUGCUUGAGCGCCUAGCAACAAAACAGAUAUCUCUUUGUGCAUGUCUUUUGAUCUUUAAAGAAGUGCAGGUGACUUGGUGCAUUAAGGUGCUCAGAAACUGAUGGAAAUUAGAGGAAAUAUCCUGUGUGAUGCUAAUUCAUGUGAUACAGUCCUGAAGUCUGGAAUAAUUUUGUGAGCAGGAAGGUUUCUUAAUUACAUCGGUGCUCCAAGAUACAAAGAAAUAAUAUUCAGAGUAACCCUGAAAAUCUUCUGAAGUCGCUAAAAAUCUGAUAAUUGGGAGCCAUAAUGGCGGAUACAGGAGAUGGACCCCAUUCGGGGCAAGACCUGGCAGAUGCAAAAUCUAUUCCUGGUUUCAAAGGAAAGAACCUACCUGCCAGCAAGUCUAUGGACUCUGGAAUUCUGCCAGACUACAGUUACAGAAUGGAUUAUCCAGAGAUGGGGCAAUGUGUAAUAAUAAACAAUAAGAACUUCCACAGACAGACCGGGAUGUUACCACGGUCGGGUACAGAUGCAGAUGCUGCAAGUGUCAGAGAAGUUUUUAUGAAGUUGGGAUAUAAAAUAAAGAUUAACAAUGAUCUUUCAUGUGGGGACAUUUUUAAACUAUUGAAAAAUGUUUCUGAAGAAGAUCACAGCAAGCGAAGCAGCUUUGUUUGCGUGUUGCUGAGCCAUGGUGAUGAAGGAUUAAUCUACGGUACAGAUGGCCCUCUUGAACUGAAAGCACUAACAAGCCUUUUCAGAGGUGACAGGUGCAGAAGUUUAGCAGGAAAACCCAAGCUCUUUUUCAUUCAGGCUUGUAGAGGGACAGAAUUAGAUUCAGGUAUUGAGGCGGACAGUGGCUCAGAAGAAACAAUGUGUCAAAAAAUACCGGUAGAAGCAGACUUCCUGUAUGCGUAUUCUACAGCUCCAGGCUAUUACUCCUGGAGGAAUUCAGCUGAAGGCUCCUGGUUUAUUCAGUCACUGUGUAAAAUGCUGAAGGAACAUGCAAGAAAGCUUGAACUCAUGCAGAUUUUAACUCGUGUAAAUCGCAGAGUGGCAGAAUAUGAGUCUUGCUCAACUCGGCAGGAUUUUAAUGCAAAGAAACAGAUUCCGUGCAUUGUCUCUAUGCUCACCAAAGAAUUUCACUUCCCUUGCUAAAAGAAUUUCACAUUGUAAUUUUUCAGUUAAUAUUUUAUCUGUAAUUUAUACACAAUGUUUUUAUGGAAUAUCACUUUUAAAUCUGAAUUACUGUUCACUGCUGUGUGUGGCAUAAUGAACUGUCUCAAAGUUAGAUACGUCUGUUGUUAGAAGUAAAACAUAAUUUGGCUAUGUUAGAAAUGCAAACUUCAGUAGCUGAAGCACUGGCAGAUUUGAAAGUAGUGCUCUAGUAGCUUCAUAACUUAGGAAGAAGAGACUGAAGAAAGGUCAGAUCACUUAUCAGAACUAUUUGGUGCUACGUUUCACUUUCUUGAAGGGACAGAGAAAAGAAACAGUUACUGUAAAUAGUUUGGUUUCAUAUCUUUGCCAAUAGGAAGAAGAUUCAGAAUGUGUUAUGUAUACUAAUAAUGGUAAUGUGAUAGUAGCAUAGUCAUACAUUUCUUCUUAACUCGAGUUCUUAAAUUUAGGGUACAAACCAACCUAAACUGUUUUUAUGGCUUAGGGCAUAAACUGUGGGAAACAGCCAUUGCAAUUUUUUUACUUUUUUUUUUUUUUUCCUUAAAUAACUUUUUUUAUGUUGCAAUUGUAUCAACCUGGAAGCUGUUUCAAAAUGAAUUUUGUAUUACUGACCCUGAAGCUGAGUGACAAAGGGACCAGUCUUGCAAAACUUCUUUUUCUGCAGCUCCCAAAGGGAGAAGCUGUUGAGGCAUAUUUUGGGUGAUAAGAAUCAGUGCAAAAGGAAGUCUACAUUCUGAGUAGUCUGCUUUCCUCUUUUUGGCCAUAGUGUGGGUUUGCUCUGUGCUGUGUGUGUACCACAUUUAAUCUGUGUGGAAACCUAGAUUUGUGGUACUGGACAAAUUUAACUUCUGAAGCCGAAUACUGAUUAAUUCUAAGCUUUUAGCUAAAAUAUAAUAACAAAAUGUAAAUUUAUCUCUUGACUCCAAAUUUUGUGGAGCAGGUUUUUACAAAAUUGUAAAGCAUUGUUAUUGAUGUUUCAGCUCGUGGCAGUUUUAUUAAGAUCAGAGGAAGACAGAAUGGUAAACGACCAUAGGGUGCUUGCAAAGCAAGACUUAAAACUCUUUCAACUGUGUAGCAUAAACCAUGUUAGCAAAUUGAUGUUCACUUCCAGAGGCAUUUGGGGUUUUUUAACUUAAAUUAAAUACUGUUUCCUAA